AUGAGACCACUUAUUGUGAAAUCAUCAUCAAUGCAUGUCUUGGAUAUGCUCAAAUCUGUAUGGAAUGGUUAUCAUACGGCCAUCAGGUUAAUUCGUGACUUUUUAAACUACAUGGAUCGAAUCUAUGUUGUCUUACAAAAGCUCGAGCCUAUAUACAACAUGGGUCUUGCGUUAUUUCGUGAAAAUAUUGUUCAAUUUCCUACCAUUCAAGAACAUCUCAGAGAUGCCCUACUGGAAAUGAUUGACCGGGAGCGAUAUGGUCAAAUUGUAGAUAAGACGACUAUGAAAGAUAUCCGUCAGAUGUUCACGAUUUUGGAUAUUGAUAGUCUUUUUGUAGACGUUGAACCUUUCGAAACACGAUUGCUACAAUGUUCGACUGACUUCUAUCAACGGGAAAGUGAGAAAUUACUUGUAGAAAAAAAUAUACCUGAAUAUAUCCGUAAGGUAUCUGGACAUAUUAGUGAAGAAUCUGAACGUGCCACUCGUUAG